AUUCGACAUUGUCAAGUGUCUCUCUCUUCUCUCACCCCACCACCGCGUCGGCCCCAUCACACCCACUCGACCUCCCUCGGCACGCAGCAGAGGGGGGGCGGUCACUGUACUCGACUCGGACUCGAUCGCUCGCAUCGCGCAGCAUCGCAAUGUUGCCACCUGCGGCGCUCGCCUCGCCACCCGCCGUCGUUGCCGCCGAUACGGCACCCGGCGGCGGCGCGGGCGAUCAUCUGCCCCACUGGCUCUUGUUCAUCUGCGGCGUGUGCACGCUUGUCGCGACCGGCGUCAGCAUCAUGUCCAUCUUCCUCCAGCUCAAGAACUACCGCAUGCCGCAGCUCCAGCGCAACGUCGUGCGCAUCAUGGUCAUGGUGCCGCUGUACGCGACGUCGUCGCUCAUCGCGCUCUACUCGCUCAAUGCGGCCUUCUUCAUCGACGCCGUGAGGGACCUGUACGAGGCAUUCGUCAUCUACGCGUUCCUCCAGCUGCUCAUCACGUACCUUGGUGGCGAGCGCGACCUCCUGCUGCGCCUGCGGGGACGCCCGCCCAUCCCCCACCCGUUUCCAGUGUCCAUCUUCCUCCGGCCAAUGGACCCCAGCGACCCGUGGACGCUGCUGAACCUCAAGCGCGGCGUGCUGCAGUAUGUCCAGAUCAAGCCGCUCCUCGUCGUCGCGACAGCCGUCAUGAAGGCAACCAACACGUACCACGAGGGCGACUUCAAGCUCACCUCGGGAUACACGUGGGUCACGGUCGCGUACAACAUCAGCAUCUCCCUCAGUCUCUACUGCCUCGCCAUGUUCUGGGUCGCCGUCAACAAGGACCUCAAGCCGUUCCGGCCCAUCCCCAAAUUCCUGUGCAUCAAGGGCAUCCUCUUCUUCUCCUUCUGGCAGGGGGUGCUCAUCUCGUUCCUCGUGUCCGUCGGCGUCAUCACAAAGGUCGGACCGUACACGGACCCCGAGCACAUGUCACUUGCGAUUGUCGACUCGCUCAUCUGCCUCGAGAUGCCCGGCUUUGCUAUCGCCCACCAAUACGCCUUCCAGGCAUCGGAUUACAUCGACCCGACUCUCAAGCACGCUGCGCGGCUGCCAUUCUGGUACGCAUUCAGGGACGCUUUUGGCGUGAAAGACGUGUGGGAAGACAUCAAGUACACUUUCCGCGCACGGGGCGUGUCUUACAAGGCCUACGAGGCGGCCGAUGGCGGUAUCCACCACGACGACGGCCGCAUGAAGCGCAUUCGGGCUGGACUUCGUUACUCUAAGGGCGGAAAGGCAAAGUACUGGAUCAACGCACCAGGUGUCGUCAACGCUCCAGGGCAGGACGGCUCCGCCCGCCGUUCGGGCAAUGGCUCUGAGCGUGCUUCCCUUAUCCCGAAGACGUACGGCGCCGUCGAGCAGGGCAGAACAAGUCCAAGUGCUUAUGACUCGUCGAGCGACUCGGAUCUCUCGGACGCCGCGAGCCUCGACUUUGACUCGGUCAGCGAAGGCGAGGACGCUCUCUACGCCCGUGCCAGGCGGAUAGGAUACGCCGGCUUCCCCAACGUCGACGUCAGCAAGGAGCAAGAGCAGCGCCGCCGGUGGGCCGAGGAGGAGGGCUUCUUGUCUGGACGAGUUGCCCGCCGAUCUUCGGAUCCGCACACGCAGCAGCAGGGUCCUAGCCAGCCGGUGCGCCGCAGUGCUAAGAACAAGGGCCGAGGCAAGGGAACCUCGCGCAACGGCGUGUAUGGCGCCUGGGCCGACACGGCGACAGGAGCACCGGGCCCUGCACCGGCUGAGGUCGACGACGCUGCGUUUGAUGGCGAGAACGAGAACCCUGGCGCGUGGCGAACCGGCGGUGAGGAGGACACAUCGUUGCGGUGGACGAAGAAGCGUCUGGCGCCACCGUCUACAGCACCGCGCGCGCCUCCUCCGUCAUCGGUGGUGCCGACCCGCUUCGUACUGGAGAACACGCCGGAGCCCGAGGCCGAGCCCGACCGCGCGGACGCGGUGGACCUGAUUACCGAAGAAGUCAUUGAAGAGGAGAACCUGGGCGAGCGUGAGCGCCGUCGCAGCCUGAGGGCCAAGGCGCUUGCUACUGACGGCUUUACGCCGUCGCGCUCGCGGCAGGGGAGCAACACUACGUCGGCGCCGAGGUCUCGCCAGGGCAGCAACGCACGCUUGGUUGAUGCGCCGCGUUCUCGGCAGAGUGGCUCCGGCACGGCGUCGCGUUCGUCGGUUGAGCAGCUGCGCGAGCCUGCAAGAGUCCUGGAGCCCGCAGCGGCACCACCGCCUCCACCGGCCCCCGCACCAGAGCCCAAGUCCCAGCCGCUUCCGAAGGCCAGUUCAUCCAAGCCCAUCAACCAACCGAGCGCACCAAGCGCACCGACACGCCGCGUGCAGAAUGUCUCGAGCACGUCGACGGCGUCAAACAAGUCGGCGUCCAACUCGGCCGCCAACUGGGGCUCGCAGGCAACAGCAUUCCCCAAGUCUCCCGACGCCGACGACGAGCCAACCUCUUUCCGCGCCUCGUCAUUUAGAGUGCCGUCGUACGCCAAGUGGUCCAACCCGGACGACAACCCAUGGGCAUAGAGUUUUGCUACUGUAUUCACCUGAUGCAUG